ACAGCGCCGAAGUGCGCCAGACGCUGGAGUCUUCGCGUGGAGGAGGACACGAUGACGCGCACGGCAGCCGAGUGACCCGCAGCGGUACUGCUAGCUCCGCGACGGUACUGCUAGCCCCGCAGCGGUUCUGCUAGCCCCGCAGCGGUACUGCUAGCCCCGGAACGGUACUGCUAGCCCCGCGUUGCAAAAUAGUGGUAAGGUUACCGGUGGAUGAGCUCCAACCAUGGUGCAGGAAUACCAGUCACCCGUACGGGUCUACAAACAGCCAUUUGAGCUGAUCAUGGCGGCCUAUCAGAGGAGGUUCCCCAAGUGCCCCUUGAUCCCCAUAUUUGUGGACAGUGAGGUCAUCAGUGAGAGUGAGAGCGAGGAUGGAUCCACUUUAGUAACUGAGAGACGCUGUAUGGUCGAUGCGGACGCCCCACGACUGCUCAAAAGGAUGGCGGGUGUAGAUUACCUCUACUUCAUUCAGAAAAACACUCUCAACCGCCGAGAGAGGACGCUGCACAUUGAAGUCCGCAACGAGACCUUCUCCAGCAGAGUCGUCGUCCAUGAAUGCUGCAACUACAUGGUUCACCCUGAGAACGAGGACUGGACGUGCUUCGAGCAGAUAGCCAGUCUGGAUAUUAAGUCCUUUUUUGGUUUCGAGAGCACAGCAGAGAAGAUAGCUAUGAAACAGUAUGCGAGCAGUAUUAAAAAGGGUAAAGAGAUUAUGGAGUACUACCUCAGAGAACUGGAGGAGGAGGGAAUAACUUACAUACCUCGCUGGACACCCACUUUUGCCCCCCCAACUACAGCCAAGCUCCAGCUGGCUCCCAUCUCCAUCACCAGAGCCAUCCCAGUGCCCAGUGUGAUGGAUGGGUCGUCCAGAAAGGAUCCCGGCAGCCCCUCAGAGCUACUAGCUGGUUCUCCUGAUGACAAGUUGGACGCCGAUUACAUCAGACGUUACCUUGGAGACCUAACGCCUCUGCAGGAGAGCCGUCUUAUUCGGCUUCGGCAGUGGCUACAGGAGAUGCACAAGGGCAAGAUCCCAAAAGACCAGCACGUGCUACGUUUCCUGAGGGCGCAGGACUUCAACCUGGACAAGGCCCGGGAACUCCUGUGCCAGUCCCUCACCUGGAGGAAACAACAUCAGGUGGACUUCCUGCUCGACUCAUGGGAGCAGCCGCAACUGCUGCAGGACUACUACACCGGAGGCUGGCACCACUAUGACAGAGAUGGACGUCCUCUGUAUAUUUUGCGUCUGGGCCAAAUGGACACCAAGGGCUUGGUGCGAACCUUGGGAGAGGAGGCACUGUUGAGACAGGUCCUGUCUAUCAACGAAGAGGGUCUGAGGCACUGUGAAGAAAACACCAGAGUCUUUGGUCGACCAAUUAGCUGUUGGACCUGCCUGGUGGACUUGGAGGGUCUAAACAUGCGUCACCUGUGGAGGCCCGGUGUCAAGGCUCUUCUGAGGAUCAUAGAGGUGGUGGAGGCCAACUACCCUGAGACCCUGGGACGCCUCCUCAUACUUCGGGCUCCUCGAGUCUUCCCAGUGCUCUGGACACUAGUCAGUCCAUUUAUUAAUGAGAACACGCGAAGGAAAUUCCUGAUUUACGCUGGUAAUGAUUACCAAGGUCCGGGAGGUUUGGUGGACUACAUUGACAAAGAGCUCAUCCCUGAUUUCUUGGGAGGGGAGUGCAUGUGCGAGAUCCCUGAAGGUGGUCUGGUCCCCAAGUCUCUGUACAGGACAGCAGAGGAGCUGGAAAGCGAGGAGACUCGCCUUUGGACUGACUCCCUCUAUAAAAGUGCCAGUGUCUUCAAGGGAGCCCCGUAUGAGCUGCUGGUUGAGAUCACGGAGGCCUCCUGCGUUAUCACCUGGGACUUCGACGUGUGUAAAGGAGAUGUUACUUUCAAUCUAUACCAUUCCAAGAGGGAUCCCGAGCCCCCUAAGAAAGAUACGCUUGUGGCCCACGGUAUCACAUCCCCGGGAGCCAUUAAUGUCCAGCUGAUAGACAAGAGCUGGGUACUGGGCCAGGACUACAGCAUGGUGGAAACAGCGCUCACAUGCACGGAGGGAGAGAGUGUUCAGGGCUCCCAUGUUACCCGCUGGCCCGGCUUCUAUAUCCUCCAGUGGCGCUUCCACAGCUCCCCAGCCUGCACAGCCUCUAGUCUGCCUGGUGUGGAUGAUGUGUUGGCCUCUCUACAGGUCUCCUCUCAUAAGUGUAAGGUCAUGUACUACACCGAGGUACUGGGCUCCCGUGACUUCAGAGGUUCCAUGACCAGUUUAGAGUCUAGCCAUAGUGGCUUCUCCCAGGUCAGUGCCGCCACCAUCUCCUCUAGGCAGUCACAGGCCAGCUCCAUCAUAUCAAGGUAGCAAUCGGCCAGCGCUACCAGCCCCGACGAGCCUUCAAGAGUUGAGUUUUGGGCCAUUUACCGUCAGGGGACUCCUACUGUGGGACGCUUUACACUGAAAGCUGCCACGAAGAUUGGACCUGCCUGUGGAGGGUCAAAGAGCCGGUUUGCCGGUGCUUAUGAUUUCCCCCAGCAUGUGACAACACACCGUGUGAAGGUUCAUCUAUACCGACGAUCUCUUAUUCGGAUAGACACUUUGUGGCGAUCAUUAAAUGGUCGGAAUGUAAGAGAAUCUCAUUUAAAUCUAAAGAAUCAUCUAGAGCUGUAAUCAGAACAAGGGCAUUAUUGUGGGGCAUCUGUAGAAAGUUCCUUGAAUAAUAAUAACAACAGUGGAUGCAGAAAGGAGAUGGCUCAUCCACGUAGUAGUUGUGGUUGUGUUUGUGCAGCUGUCCUGUCAUUUUAGGGGGAAAUGAUCAGCUCAUGCUCCAAUUAUUAGAUUUAAUGCAGAAAUACCAAGCCAGGUGAGGCGGUUUCACCUGUUAAGAGCUCUCGUCUCACGCUGAACCGCUGCUGCGGUUGCGUUCCUCCGCCACAAGGUGUCAGUGUGUCACCUGAUUGGAGCCACUUGUCGAGGCGUCGUUAUGAUUUACUCAGCGCCUCUGUCGAGUCUUUAAAUGUACCCCAAAUAUUCUUAUUGCUGCCAAAUAAAGAUUUUGGCAAAAAAAAAAAAAAUAAUAAUUGUGACUGAAGUGCCGUUUGACAGUGAAUCUGAAGGAAACCUGGUUUUACAAACAACCCUUAUCGAUUCCCUUAAAUCCCAGCAUGCGAUCCGGUAUCUGCCACGUUCCUGCUGCCUGGUUUUCCGAACGGACCUGUGAUUAAGAAACGGCUUUAAUAGAAAAGAUUGGACUGUCUUUUCAACGGGCUAUUAAUCUUUUUUUUCUUUUUCUUUUUUUUGCAAGAUUAGCUUAGCUGUAAACACCCAGCUAGAAAACACAAUGCUCUUUGUAAAACAUGCGGUGCACCCUGCAGAUUUCACGC